UCCUCUUCCUCUUCCAGAGCUGGUUCACUUCCUAUAGGGACUGAAAACCAAGUGAGGAGAUGAAAGAUUACAUUGUGCCGCGUUAGGCAAUACAAAGAGGAUAAAUACCGAAGAUAGGUCCUGAAGAUCACCCAAAGAACAACUGCACAGCUGACGUCUAGUUCCUUCACAGCUGUAUUCAACACUGAAGGUUGGACAGUGAAACCAUCACUCAGGAGAGCCUUGACAUAUCAUCAGAUCUGAAACUGGUCAGUUGUGUGGCACCUUCCACCAGCCCCAACCUUUCUGAAAAUUCAAAGGUGAAGAUUAUGUAGAUUUGGACGAGGCUGGGAAAAAGUGUGAGUUGCUGAAAGUGUGGUGAGAGCUUCAAUCAUUUAUCGAUCCUCAUGAGCUGCUGACUCACUCCUACAGAUGAGAGGAUGUUGAAGUAUGAGGUUUGAGAGGAAGUUCAGAUAAUCUCCUAACACAUAAGGUGCACUUGCUCGAAAAUUGUUAACAGCAGCAAAGUUACCUGAGAGAGACCAUUCAAGGGUGAUGUCAUCUCUGCUCAUGAAUCUCCGACACAAUGACACUGGGGAGAAAAUGUUCUCAGGUGAGGUGUGUAGCAAGAUGUUUGUACAAUUAUCGGGCUCAGUAAAACAUCGAGCAAUUCACAAGGGGGCAAAAGUAUUCAGAUGUCAGGUGUGUGACAAAUCGUUCUCAUGGUCAGCAGAUCUUCGUAAACACCAACGCAUUCACACAGGAGAGAAACCAUUCACAUGCAAGGUAUGUGACAGAUCAUUCUCACGUUCUUCAAACUUCCGCAGACACCAACGCAUUCACACAGGGGAGAAACCAUUCACGUGCAAGAUUUGUGAAAAAUCAUUCUCAGAUUCAUCGCACUUCCGCAAACACCAACGCAUUCAUACAGGGGAGAAACCAUUCACAUGCAAGGUUUGUGAAAAAUCAUUCUCAGAUUCAUCACACCUCCGCAGACAUCAACACAUUCAUACAAGGGAAAAAACAUUGAUGCAUGAGUUCUGCAAUAAAUCAUUCUCUGACUCAUCAAGGCUCUUGGUCCACAAGAGUAAUCACACAGGGGAGGCACAACUCAUAUGCGAGGUUUGUGAAAAAACAUUCUCACAGUCAUCAACGCUGCGAAGACACCAACGAAUUCACACAGGGGAGAAACCAUUCAUGUGCAUGGUGUGUAAUAAAACGUUCUCACAGUCAUCAGACCUCCUCAGACACCAACAAAUUCACACAGGGGAGAAACCGUACAUGUGCAAGAAAUGCAACAAGUCAUUCUCAGAGUCAUCAAAGCUUCAAAAACACCAACGAGUUCACAAAGGGGAGAAAUUAUUCAUGUGUACUGUGUGUAAUAAAACAUUCCCAGACUCAUCAGACUUCCUGAGACACCAGCAGAUUCACCCAGGGGAGAAACCAUUCCAAUGUGAAGUGUUUGCAAUGUCAUCUAUGCUCUUGAAACAGCAACACAAUGACACUGGAGAGAAAAUGUUCACAGAUGAGGUGUGUAACAAGAAAUUGAGACAGUCAUUGGGCUCAGUAAAACACCGAGCAUUUCACAUGGGGUCGAAAGCAUUCUCAUGUCAGGUGUGUGACAAAUCGUUCUCAUGGUCAGCCGAUCUUCGUAAACACCAACGCAUUCACACAGGAGAGAAACCAUUCACAUGCAAGGUAUGUGACAGAUCAUUCUCACGUUCAUCGAACUUCCGCAGACACCAACGAGUUCACACAGGGGAGAAACCAUUCUCAUGCGUGGUUUGUGAAAAAUCAUUCUCAGAUUCAUCGCACUUCCGCAAACACCAGCGCAUUCAUACAGGGGAGAAACCAUUCACAUGUAAAAUUUGUGAAAAAUCAUUCUCAGACUCAUCACACCUCCGCAGACACCAACGCAUUCAUACAAGGGAAAAAACAUCCACACGUGAGUUGUGUAACAAAUCAUUCUCUGCAUCAAGACUCUUGCCCCCCCAGAGGAAUCACACAGGGGAGAAACAACUCAUUUGCGAGGUGUGUGAAAAAACAUUCUCACAUUCAUCAAAACUGCGAAGACACCAACGAAUUCACACAGGGGAGAAACCAUUCAGGUGCAUGAUGUGUAAUAAAACAUUCUCACAGUCAUCAGACCUCCUCAGACAUCAACAAAUUCACACAGGGGAGAAACCGUACAAGUGCAAGGAAUGCAACAAGUCAUUCUCAGAGUCAUCAAAGCUUCAAAAACACCAACGAGUUCACAAAGAGGAGAAACCAUUUGUGUGCACAGUGUGUAAUACAAUAUUUUCAGAGUCAUCAGACCUCCUGAGACACCAGCAAAUUCACACAGGGGAGAAACCAUUCAAGUGUGAAGUGUUUGUGAUGUCAUCUAUGCUCGUGAAUCUGCGACACAAUGACACUGGAGAGAAAAUGUUCACAGGUGAGGCAUAUAACAAGAGGUUUGUACAAUCGUUGGGCUCGGUAAAACAUCGAGCAAUUCAGAUGGGGACAAAGAUUUUCACAUGUCAUGUGUGUGACAAAUCAUUCUCACGGCCAGCAGAUCUCCGUAAACACCAACGCAUUCACACAGGGGAGAAACCAUUCACAUGCAAUGUUUGUGAAAAAUCGUUCUCACGUUCUUCGAACUUCCGCAGACACCAACGCAUUCACACAGGCGAGAAACCAUACACAUGCAAUGUUUGUGAAAAAUCAUUCUCAGAUUCAUCGCACUUGCACAAACACCAACGCAUUCACACAGGGGAGAAACCAUUCACAUGCAAGGUUUGUGAAAAAUCAUUCGCAGACUCAUCGCACUUCCGCAGACACCAACUCAUUCAUACAAGGGAAAAAACAUUGACGCAUAAGUUCUGCAACAAAUCAUUCUCUGACUCAUCAAGACUCUUGCUCCCCCAGAGGAAUCACCUGGGGGAGAAACAACUCAUGUGCGAGGUGUGUGAAAAAUCAUUCUCACACUCAUCAAAACUACGAAGACACCAACGAAUUCACACAGGGGAGAAACCAUUCAUGUGCAUGAUGUGUAAUAAAACAUUCUCACAGUCAUCAGACCUCCUCAGACACCAACUAAUUCACACAGGGGAGAAACCUCAUAAGUGCAAGGAAUGUGACAAGUCAUUCUCAGAGUCAUCAAAGCUUCAGAGACACCAACAAAUUCACAAAGGUGAGAAACCAUUCACAUGUGAGACAUAUGACAUUUCAUUCAAACGUUGAUGGAACAUAUGCAAACACAUCCACAAAGAGAAGAAACCAUCUACGUGUGAGUUGUGUGACACGUCGUUCUGUGACUCAUCAAGACUCGAUCUACCAGUGGAUUCACAUCGGGGGAGAAAUCAUUCAUGUGUGAGGUAUGUGACAAAACACUCUCAGAGUCAUCAAAGCUGCAAAGACAGCAACGCACUUACAUCGGGGAGAAACCUCAUAACCUCAAGGAAUGCAACAAAUCAUUCUCAGUCUCAUCACCCCUCCACAUACACCAGAAUGCCCUCACUGGUGAGAAACUAUUCAGGUGUGAGAUGUGGGACAAGGUUUUCAUACAUUCAGGGUAUCUCCUGAGCCAUCAAAAUACUCAAGAAAAUCUCUGUUGGUCUGAAUUCUUAAGUAAGCCUUCAUACACUUGUGCUGGAACAUUAGUGAGCCCACACGGGCAUGAAAUCCAUCCAGUAUGACAUAUGGCAGGAUUUUAUCACCUCCUCUCUCACAAUGAUGUUUCCACACUGUCUUGGAGCCGGAUUGCCUACUAUCAUUGCACUGUGAGUUGACUGUGUUAUUCACUGUGAAGUACUGUAAAGCUAUCAGUCUAAUGUACUGUCUGUCUCAGCAGUGUCUGCCUCAAACCUGUCCCAUCAUCAGUCUAGGUGGUUCAUGAAUAUCAGUUUAACCUUUGAGCAGAUCACCAAACAUCACUAAAGGAAGACAUGAAUAUGUAUAGAAACUACUGUUUAUGCAUAAAUGUCACUGAGACUCUGGGAGAAUUUUCUCAGCCAAAGGUGGUUGCUGAUACUGAGUAAUGUGUGUCACAAUUUUCUUGCUAUGAAAAGAGAGAAUACCUCAAUAUUUUCUACAUUGCAAGCUAUCCCCUUUCUUUUCAACUUAACUACUAUUAUCACAUUCCAGAAUUCAGAAAGUUAGGGAAGUCCUUUUGUCUCCCAUAUACACGGGAUGAAUUCAUGGAGUCUUGAUAUGAGCAAACAUUGACCAGUUUUGUAACCCUGAUCUGGAGUAACAUUGGGCUGCUGGCUUUGUUUUGUUUCUCAUCUGUUUGCUUGGUUGGUAAUCCUAUCGACGGUGACUCACCCCUCGAUUGCACCACAAGGCACUGUGGGAUAGAUUGGAAGGUAUAAACGGCCCCUAAGUAUUUAUGGUUAAGGAGUUGUUCAAAAUGCUCUUUCUAGCAUAAACAGAUGUCGUUGUUAUCCUGUGUAGUAAUGGGAUUUUGUCCAUUUGAACUCAGUGGUAACUUCAGCAAAAAUUUGAAAAUCAUGAUGAUCAUCAUAUUGUUAGAUCUCUCAGGCUUUCCUUUCUCAGCACGUGUUCUUUACCUUCUAGAUUUUGGUGUCAGCCUUGAACUGUUGAAAUGCUGCCUUGUUGAGUUGUGACCUUGGGUUGUUCUGACUGCAAUGAAAGCUAUUUGCUUUUGUUCCAGGAGACAACAUGUUUGAGUAUCAUGUUCACUGACCCAAUCCUAGUGACGGUAAUGCUCAAAUUAGAUGAUCUGGCACAAGAGUUUAGUACAGCUUUACUUUAAUCCCAUGGUUUGGCAAUUGAAUUUGAUGUGUGAACAUUUUCUUUAUUGGUCAUGAGCAAAUCCUGGAAUUUCUCUCUUCAUUCGGCUGUUUUUGCACCGAGACAUUGGUGUUCUUCCUCUUGGAGUUUGAACCUUGUAAUGCCCUUGUGCUGGGUGAAUGUUCAUCACUGAUCAAAUAAAUCGAUAAUCUGUCCUGCAGCAUCAGUCUUCCACAUGGAUUGAGUGAUGCAGACAUCAUUUGAAACUUUGAUGGCUUUAGACAUUUUCAAGGCAUGGCCAGGAAUUCUUUGUUACAUUCAUCAGUGUGACCUCCAGGCCAGGCAUCCCAUAGCAGCCUAACAACCUGGCUUAGUGGCCUCCAAUGGCAUCCUCCCAUGGUGUGGCAUUAGCAGCCUUCCAUAACAGCCUCCUGGCCAAGUGUUUCGUCCUCCCAUGCAGCUACCUGGCAUGGUGGGACAGCCCUCAGUCUUGACAUCCUUUUGGCCCAAUGUGGCCGUCUCUCAGCCUGGCAGAGCUUCAAAGUGGUCGCCCAGUCUUGUGACUACAUUGGAACGAUCUCUCAGCCUCAUGAUCCUGAAAGUGAAGGUCGGCAUGGACUGGAGGCUAGGUUCCAUGUUGUCAUGGCUUGGGAAACCACUAUGCUGGACUUGUAUUUCUGCAAUCCUGGAAAUUUUAUUUCCUUUUUUUAACUAAAGUCAUGUAAAUAAAGAAGCUGUACUAGGUAACCUUUGUAUCUAGGAUGGCACUGUAAGUGAUGAUGUAUAGACUUCUCACUGUACUUAUUUGAGUAUAUGUGACAAUAAAGCUAAUUCAAAUUCACCAAACUAUUUGACUCAGUAAAUCGUAAACCACUGUGGAUUGUGCUCCAAUGAUUUGUAUGUCCAAGAACUUCAUCCUGAUCCUGCAAUUGUUUCAUACAUGUAACUGCCUCAAGUGGGAGGUGUGAAACAGAAACCUACAAAAUCCAGCUGGUAUCCAGCAAAGCUACGUGAUAGCCCCCAUUCUCUUUACAGUCAAACUAACAGUCACUAUUUACCUCCUAAAUGAUUAAUUAAUCUCUGGUAUCAGUAUUAAAUAACAUCUCACUAAGAAACCCAUUUACCUAAGGCAUCUCUGUGCCUAAACCAAACUGACCACCACAGAUACACACGACCUACAGUUUGCAGAUGACUGUGUUGUUGCCGACUCUGUGUAAGAUAUGUGUCCAUUCUCAAUCUCUUCAAGUCUCCAUGCAGGAAACUUGGCUGUUUUUGAAUACUGCUAAAUGAAACAUCACCAAUGCACUCCUCUCAGCCAAAUAUUUCACCUCCCAUAUAAAAUGAAGUGGAGACUGGAAUACAUUAAGUACUUGUCAAAUCUUGACAGUCACCUUCUCAACAGUCUGCCAGAGACGAAGAGUCAUGCCAUUUCAGAUGUGCCAUUUCAGCCCUCUACAAACUACAGCAGUGAGGGUUUGACUGCAGCAAUUUGGACUGCAGAAGAUAAAGAAGGAUUAAAUUCUUACAUGGGUAAUUCGAGAUGUGCAAAAAUUAAUCCAGCCUCAUUUAUCCAUAUCUUCUAACCCCUUUCCAUUCAUGUACCCGUUCAGAUGCCUUUUAAAUGUUGUAAUUAUGCCAGCCUCCACGUUCUCUGAUAUAUAUAUAUUAUGCACCACCAUCUGCGUGAAAACGUUGCCCCUUCUGUCCGUUUUACAUGUUUCCCUUCUCAACGUAGCCUAUGGUCUCUAUUUUUGGAGUCCCCUACACUAGGAAAAAGACCUUAGCUAUUCACCAUAUCCAUGCUCCUCAUCAUUUUAUAAAUCUCUGUAAGAUCGCCCCUCAAUGUCCAAUGCUCCCGGGGAAAAUAGCCCCAGCCUAUUCAGCUUCUCCCUUCUGCUCAAACCCUGGCAACAUCCUUAUAACUCUUCUGCAUUCCUUCCAGUUUGACGACAUCUUUCCUAUAGUAGGGAGACCUGAAUUAAGCACAGCGUUCCAGAAGUGGCCUAACCAAGUCCUAUACAGUUGCAACAUGCCAUCCCAACUGCUAUACUUGAUGCACUGACCAAUCAAGGAAAGCGUACUAAACAUGUUUUUGACUACCACAGAUGGACUACCUGUCCAUCUGUGACUCCACCUUCAAAGAACACUGGAAACAAACUAAGAUUAUCAUUCGGGUUUGGAGAGCGUUUUAGUGCCUUAUUCCUGUUCCAGUCUUCAAAGAUUCAUUUAAUAUUCUGGGAAAA